UUUCCGAGCAGGUGAACAAUGGCUUCCACCAGCACCUCUCUCUCUUCUUUGCCUAGUCCCCGGAAAUACGAUGUCUUCUUGAGUUUCAGAGGCGCAGACACCCGCAACGGCUUCGUUGACCAUCUCUAUUCGGCUCUGCAUCAGAAGGUCAUUUUCACGUUCAAGGAUGACAUGAAGCUCGAGAGAGGUGAACCGAUUUCUCCCGCGCUUCUGAAUGCCAUCGAAGAGUCGAGGUUUGCCGUGGUUGUUUUCUCCGAGAACUACGCUUCUUCCAAGUGGUGCCUGGAGGAACUCGUUAAGAUCCUCGAGUGCCAGAAGACGAGGGCACUCACCGUUUUACCGGUCUUCUAUCAAGUAGAUCCUUCGGAUUUACGGAGACAAAGAGGGAGAGUUGGAGCAGCAUUCGCCAAACACGAGCGAGAUUCCAGCGAGGAGAAGGUGCAGAGAUGGAGGAAUGCUCUGGUGGAAGCGGCCAACAUUUCUGGGUGGAAUUCAGAAACAGACGGGCCUGAAGCAGAGCUGGUCCAAAACAUUGCCAUUCGUAUUCUAGAUAGACUGGGAGAUAAUGGUUCAAGCAUUCUUGAAGAUGUUGUUGGAUUGCAUCCCCGCAUAGCAAAAGUGAUGUCACUAUUAGAAAUGGAAUUGGAUUUGGAUGAUCCGUGUAUAAUAGGGAUAUGUGGGAUGGGUGGUAUUGGAAAGACUACUAUCGCCAAGGCUGUCUAUCGCCAAAUUCGUUCUCGGUUUCCUGCCAGUUGCUACCUUGCGAAUGUCAGAGAAGUUGCUGAUGGGAAGCAUGGCUUGGAGUUGUUGCAAAAAUAUCUUCUUUCUGAUAUCCUGUCGGUCUCAGAUAGUGAUAUAAAAAUAAGAAAUAUUGAUGGGCUUGGGAUGGUAAUGAACAGGAUACGGUAUAAGAGGGUUCUUGUAGUCCUGGAUGAUGUAGACCAUUCAAAUCAGCUGGAUGCCCUUGUUGGAACACUUGAUUGGUUUGGUGCAGGAAGCAGAAUUAUAAUAACGACCAGAAACAGUCACUUACUUGCCAGAUAUGGUCCAAGAAGUCAUGUCUACAACGUCGAGGGACUAAAUGACUGGGAAGCUUCUAAGCUAUUUUGUUGUAAAGCAUUCUGUAACAACCAGCCAACGCCAGGUUUUGAGCAUCUCAUAAAAAGUGCAGUUGAUUACGCCAAAGGAGUUCCACUAGCUCUUAGAGUUUUGGGCUGUUUCCUAAUUGGCAGAAAGGUAAACGAAUGGCAAAGUGCAAUCCAUAGAUUGAGACAAGAGCCUGAUCCAGAUAUUCAGAAAGUGCUCAAAUUAAGCUAUGACGGACUGGGGCAUGAGGAGAAGGAAAUUUUCCUCGACAUUGCCUGCUUCUUUACACGGUAUAGCCAGGAGUACUACACAGUUGUAAAUACGCUGAAUGCUUGUGGUUUCCACGCUGAUAUUGGAAUAAGGGUUCUUGAAGACAAGACACUUGUAACGAUAAGAGACAAUAUGAUAGACAACUUAAGAAUAUUUGUAGUCUUGGCAAAACUUAUUUUGGUGGCCUUAAAUUAA